AUGCGCGGCCAGGACAUUCGAGAUUUUGGCAGCGGGCGCACUGGAAUGUCCAACAUCCUGCGCAACGCCGGAGUCAAGGCGGCUGCAACCGUGUUCGUCCUCGAUUGCAGCAAGGGGAUUCUGUCAGUGUUUCUGGCCCGGUAUGUAAUCGGCGACGGCGCCCCUGAGGUGAUGGCCGGGUUGGUGGCGCUGUGUGGUCACAAUUGGCCGGUAUUUCUAAGAUUCCGCGGCGGCAGGGGCAUCCUGCCCGGUUUGGGUGGCCUGGUUGUGAUGGACCCGUGGGUGGCCCUCAUCGGCGCCGCGCUGUUCAUAUUCAUCGUCUCCACAACGCGGUACCUGUCUUUGGGCAGCAUCGUCGGCACCGCUUUCAUCGCGGUGUUGAGUCUAGCGCUCACACUCUGGUGGGAACACCACCAGCUGUACACCAUCUAUGCCUUCGCCGGCGGUUCGAUCAUCAUCUGGCAGCAUCGGGACAACCUCAGGCGGAUUAUCGGCGGAACCGAACCCCGCAUUACCAUCCCCAACCGUGGCAACACCUGA